UCCAAGCCCAGCCUCUUCUUCCUGUGAUGUCAUAUUACAAAUCUAGGGAGCCUUUCUUUUCCACUUCAGAGAAAGCCCAUCUCACAAUACAUCUGGCAACGGAGGAAAGGCUUCAAUUCAGCAAGAGCUAACACGCUUAGGAAUUUAUUUCGGAAACUUUAAAGACUCUUCUGCUUACUACCAUCUGGAAUCCACUUCAGGAAUACCAAAAAGGAAAACCUUAUUUAAAAGGAGCAAGAAUUGUUCGUGGGCUACCUAAACCCUGGAUUCACGGAUUUUCUGGAAAUCAGAAAAUGAGAGUAUUUUCCUGUUGAAGAACCAAGUGGAAAAUUUACAACAACGAAUUUCAUGUUUCCUGUCGAGAUUUCGAAGAAAAAGGAAAUAUUUAUAAAAUCACCCAAAGAUACAAGGAAUUUGCAAAUACUCCAGAGGUUAUAAAGUGGUCACAAUCACAAAGAAAACUGCAGCAGACCAAAGGAUUUAACACUGUAAACUGGACGUGCCUUUAUAAUGGUAAGCAAUAACAGCUCCCAAUGCUACUAUGAUGACUCCUUUAAGUACACUUUGUAUGGCUGCAUGUUUAGUAUGGUAUUUGUGCUUGGGUUAAUAUCUAACUGUGUUGCCAUAUACAUUUUCAUCUGCACCCUCAAAGUGCGAAAUGAAACUACAACAUACAUGAUUAACUUGGCAAUGUCAGACUUGCUUUUCGUUUUUACUUUACCCUUCAGGAUUUUUUACUUUGCAACCCAGAAUUGGCCGUUUGGCGAUCAACUCUGUAAAAUUUCAGUGAUGCUAUUCUAUACCAACAUGUAUGGAAGCAUUCUGUUCUUAACCUGUAUUAGUGUCGAUCGGUUUCUGGCAAUCGUCUACCCAUUUAAGUCAAAGACUCUAAGAACCAAACGAAAUGCAAAAAUCGUGUGUAUUGCUGUGUGGCUAACUGUGAUAGGAGGAAGUGCACCAGCAGUUUUUUUUCAGUCUACCCACUCUCAGGGUAACAAUGCCUCAGAAGCCUGCUUUGAAAAAUUUCCAGAAGCCACAUGGAAAACGUAUCUUUCAAGGAUUGUAAUUUUCAUCGAAAUAGUAGGAUUUUUUAUUCCUCUAAUUUUAAAUGUAACUUGUUCUAGUAUGGUGUUAAGAACUUUAAAUAAACCUGUUACAUUAAGUAGAAGCAAAAUAAACAAAACUAAAGUUUUAAAAAUGAUUUUUGUACAUUUGGUCAUAUUCUGCUUCUGUUUCGUGCCUUACAACAUCAAUCUUAUUUUAUAUUCUCUUAUGAGAACACAAACAUUUGUUAAUUGCUCAGCAGUGACAGCAGUAAGGACGAUGUACCCAAUCACUCUCUGCAUUGCUGUUUCAAACUGUUGCUUUGACCCUAUAGUUUACUACUUCACAUCGGACACGAUUCAGAAUUCAAUAAAAAUGAAAAACUGGUCUACUAGGAGAAGUGACUUUAGAUUCUCUGAAGUUCACAGCACAGAGAACUUUAUUCAACAUAACCUACAGACCUUAAAAAGUAAGAUAUUUGACCAUGAAUCUACAAUAUAAGCUGCCUGAAAUAAAACCGCUGGGACUUCACUGGGCACCUCUAAGUUCCUUCAACUGUGAAAAGUGUUUUCUUGGACAACUAUUUCUCCGCCUUUGAAAGAAAAUAAACAUGUGGACAUUUUAAAGUUAUUAGUAUAAAAAAUUGUAUUCAAUGUGUUAACCAUUAAAAUGUAUUCUAUUCUGUAUACAUACCACUUUAUUUUUCUGAGCCAGUUUGAUCUGUUCCUUCCUCUUCAUUAAAAAAAUCCCUAAAAAAGUU